GGUGCCGCCCAGCCCCGCUAGGGGCCCGGGUGCGGGGCAGCUGGGCGGGCAGCUGAGGCGGCGUCAUGUCCUCGGAGGUGGCCUCGCGCCGCGACGCCAAGAAGCUGGUGUCCGAGGUGCAUGCAGUGCGAUGCCAAGUUUGACUUUAUCACCAGAAAGCACCACUGUCGCCGCUGCGGGAAGUGCUUCUGUGACAGAUGCUGCAGUCAGAAAGUGCCGCUGCGGCGCAUGUGCUUCGUGGACCCGGUGCGGCAGUGCGCCGAGUGCGCCCUGGUGUCCCACAAGGAGGCCGAGUUCUACGACAAGCAGCUCAAAGUGCUCCUGGGCGGAGCCACUUUCCUGGUAACCUUUGGAAACUCAGAGAGCUCUGAAAUGAUGCUUUGCCGCCUUUCCAGCAACCAGAGGUACUUGAUUCUGGAUGGAGACAGCCACCACGAAAUCGAGAUUGCACACGUCUCCACCGUGCAGGUUCUCACGGAAGGCUUCCCUCCUGGAGAAAAAGACACUCCCACUUACACCAGCCUGCUGGGGAACCAGCCUGCCUGCGAAGGAGGCAAUGCACGGGCCACAGGCAUGUUCCUGCAGUACACGGUGCCAGGGGUGGAGGGUGUGACCCAGCUGAAGCUGACGGCCGGGGAGGAUGCCAGCACCAGCAGGCGGCCAGCAGCUGCAUGGCUGGCAGCCAUGCACAAGGCCGCCAAGCUCCUCUACGAAUCCCGGGACCAGUAACGGCCAAGCUGUCCUGGCACGCCUCCGGUCUUGGGACGGUGAGCCUGCUCUCACGUGCACCGCGGGACCGACAGACCGGCUGGUGUCUGGGGCGGCGUUCGCCUUCCCAGUGCUGUGUGUGCAGCGCAGCAAUGCUUCCCACAGCUCCCGUGCUGGCGUCCGUGACGGCCCUGCUGACACUUCACGGGAGAGACCAAGCUCGCUGCUGCUAACCUACGCCAGCAUUAUCUCCAUCAGGGUUUUCUGAGUUCCCACAGUUACUAGAAGGUUCUGGCUCAUCAGUGUUCAUUUCAUCCACUUUUCUGACAACUCAGACUCCAAUCUGUGCUGGGCCUGCUCUAACAGCCGGCAUCUGCCUUACCCUGUUCCGUAGACUGGUCGACUCUUGCUAACGCUGGGCUGCAAAUCAGCCUUUGACACUUCACUAAGGAGAGGUACGGCUUGAUGUUUUGUACUUCUCACUUACUACUUCACUUUAUUAAGAUGACUGUACAGUGAUUUGUACAUAAAGCUUAUGAUUAAAACUAUUUUGAAAAUACA